AUGAGCGUUUCUCCUAUGCACACGAACGGCAUGCUGCAGGCUGGAAAGAGUGAAGACAUGGAGGCUCGAGACAUUACUUUUAAGGAUUCACCCCGAAAGCUGACUCUACCUAGCCUUCCCGCCGAGCUACGCGCGAUGAUAUACCAGACCGUCUUCGAAGAUUGUAUCGUGCAGAUAGACGACUCAGGAAUCGGAUUUAUCCACGACCACUACAUGAUAGACUUCAACUGUAGAAAGAGCUUCUGUAGGCGUGUGUUAGGGGGAUACGACGACGGUAUGAUAGCGUCUCUCGUAAUGUAUCGCAUCGCAGAUCCGAUAAUGCUCCCACUAUGGCUUGCCCGACAGCCCGAGUACAGGAUGGUCAUCCGCAGACUCAGUGUUCACAUUACUCAUCUCUGGGUUGGCAACAAUCAUUUAUACGGCUACCAGGCCAACAACCAACCCUUCUCGAUGCAUCUACCGUUUUGGCUCGGAGCCGAAAAUAUGCCUCUGAAGCCAAUUUUGCCAAGACUAAAGGAGAUGGACGUCCUAAUCCACUGUACAACCAUGUCCUUUGUUGGACUCUGGAUAAAAGGAAGGCUUCCCACGGCGUCGUGCCAUGCGAUGAUGGCUACCUGGAAGGAGGAGCUUGUAAUAUGGAAUCCAGGGCUCACAGUGGUGCUUCGUUGCCUGGCGCCCGAACAUGAUCGGCAUACCCGUUAG